AUGAGUGGAUAUUCAGGGAAUAAUCCUGAUAAUACUAAUAAAUAUUAUCAAGGUAGAAGAUAUAACAAUAAUAGUACCAAUAAUACUUCAACAAGAUAUCAAAAUGUGAGACCAAAUAAUAAUAGCAUACGUGCAGGACGUUAUAAUUAUAACCAUAAUUACAAUGGUAAUAGUAAUCCUAAUAGCAGUAACAACUCACCAUAUGAUUAUACAUCACAACCACAACAACGUUAUCAUGAUAAUAUGAAUAGCAAUAAUAGAAAUUAUUAUAAUAGUAAUAACAACAAUACAAGACAUUACUCUCAAUAUUCUAAUUAUCAUCGUAAUACUACUACUACUACAAAUACCACUAAUAAUACAAUUAUAGAUAAUGAAUUAGCUGCGGAAAUCGAUAGUAAUAUGAAUAGAUCUCAUUCUGGUAAUAAUUACCAUAAGAAUAAUAUGGCGUACCCACAUUCAUAUCAAUCAUAUCAAAACAAUAAGAAUAUACCAUACCAUCAUUAUAAUAAUAAUAACAGCAAUAAUAAUCCGUCAUCACAAAAUAUUCAUAAUGAUAAUUCAAGGAUUAAUUCAACAACGUCAAAAAUUAAUACAACAACUACUAAUCACGGUUCAUUACCACCACCAUCAUAUAUUCAAAGAAAAUCAAUUAAUAAUAAUGAAAUUAAUGAUAACGAUUCAGUUUAUCUAAGAUUAACUGAAUUAGAUAAUUUAACAAAUAUUAGUAAAAAUGAAAUUAAUUCAAUUUUUAAUGAAAAUGAUGAAAUUGAUAAUAAAUUAAAUGACGUCAAAUUAGAUUUUGUUCAACGUGAGAUGGAAGUAAUAAAUUUAAUUAAUUCAAUUGAAAGAGAUAAUUUGAAUGUUAAUUUAACACAAGAAAAUUUGGAUGCUUUAUUAUUAACUAUGUAA